CCCGCCUCCUCGGUGCGCGCCCCACCCCCUCGGGCUGCGAUACGCCGAGGGCUCAACAUCCGAGGACUUUGGCCCAGGGUAACCCCGUUCAGGUGACCUUUCCCCUCCAUUCCGCACCUUAAGCAGCGGGCCCCGCGCGCCGGCUGCGGUUGGGUGCUCGCUCUGCUCCCUCGGGGCCCGCUCCCUCGGAGCUUCCGCGCACCCCUCGCUGCCCCUCCGCGCGGCUCUCCGUCAUGGCGGCUCUCAGCAAGUCCAUCCCUCAUAACUGCUACGAGAUCGGCCACACUUGGCACCCUUCCUGCGGGGUCUCCUUCGUGCAGAUCACCAGGGGCGCCCUGGAGGAGUCCCUGAAGAUUUACGCUCCCCUGUACUUGAUUGCAGCAAUUCUCCGGAAACGAAAAUUAGACUAUUAUUUACACAAACUACUCCCUGAGAUCCUACAAUCUGCUUCAUUUCUGACUGCUAAUGGGGCCUUGUAUAUGGCUUUCUUUUGCAUUUUAAGGAAGAUACUUGGAAAAUUCUACUCUUGGAGUCCUGGCUUUGGUGCCGCUUUACCAGCAUCUUAUGUGGCCAUUCUGAUUGAAAGAAAAAGCAGGAGAGGGCUGCUCACAAUUUAUAUGGCCAAUUUGGCCACAGAAACACUAUUUAGAAUGGCAGUAGCAAGAGGAACGAUCACAACGUUAAGAAAUGGAGAAGUCCUUUUGUUCUGCAUCACAGCUGCCAUGUACAUGUUCUUUUUCAGGUGCAAAGAUGGGUUGAAAGGAUUUACAUUCUCCGCUCUUAGGUUUAUUGUAGGGAAGGAAGAAAUUCCCACACAUUCUUAUUCACCAGAAGCAGCAUAUGCAAAAGUGGAACAAAAGACAGAGAAACAUGAAGAAAAGCCAAGAAGAAUGAAUAUAAUUGCUCUAAUCAGGAAACUUGUGGAUUCAGUAUGUAGGCAUGGACCAAGGCAUAGAUGCUGCAAACACUAUGAAGAUAAUUGCAUCUCUUAUUGCAUUAAAGGUUUCAUCAGAAUGUUUAGUGUGGGCUACUUGAUCCAGUGCUGCCUCCGAAUUCCCUCUGCUUUCAGGCAUGUUUUUACACAGCCAUCCCGGCUAUUUUCUCUCUUCUACAAUAAAGAAAACUUCCAGCUCGGAGCUUUUCUAGGCUCUUUUGUUAGUAUAUACAAGGGUACUAGUUGCUUCCUGCGCUGGGUCAGAAACCUGGAUGAUGAACUGCAUGCUGUUGUAGCCGGAUUUUUGGCAGGAGUAUCAAUGAUGUUUUAUAAAAGUACGACAAUUUCCAUGUAUUUAGCUUCCAAAUUGGUGGAGACAAUGUAUUUCAAAGGCAUUGAAGCAGGAAAGGUUCCCUAUUUUCCCCAUGCAGAUACUAUCAUCUAUUCCAUCUCUACAGCAAUUUGCUUCCAGGCAGCUGUCAUGGAAGUUCAGACCUUGCGGCCGUCUUACUGGAAGUUCCUUUUAAGGCUCACCAAGGGCAAAUUUGCUGUCAUGAACCGAAAAGUCCUCGAUGUUUUUGGUACUGGUGCAUCUAAACACUUUCAGGAUUUUAUCCCUAGGUUGGAUCCGAGAUAUACGACUGUAACACCAGAGUUGCCCAUCGAGUUUUCUUGAAGAUGACUAUAAUUUAUUAAUGUGACCUAAUGUUUCAUUAUUUUCUUCUGAAGAGUCAAUUAUGUUGAAUCGCAAAGAAGGAGUCUUGAGCUUGAACUUCAGUGUUAUUUCAAUGAGAGUUGCUCUUUGUUUGUUUUUCUUACCAAUCAGAAGUACAGAAGCUUUUUAGGAAGGUGUUGCUUAAUAAUUAAGUACCCUUCCGUAGCUGGAAUCUGAUUCUGGGACACUGUAGUGGUUGACAUGAUGCUAUAUUGUUGAUUAAGUUAUGUCCAUAAGCAAUCUUAAAUAAUCUAUGUAGAAAUGUAGUAACAAGAAUAUACUUAAAAUUACUUUAAAAGAUGUUUUUAGUUCAUUCCAAUAUAAUUCUUGGUUAAAACUAAGAAUAUUUCUACAUUUUAGGAUACAAAGGAUCACGGGUACAUGGAUUUGGUCUGUAUUUUUUUUUUUUUAGCUUUUGAAUUGGUAACUAUAGUAGUAAAAUGUAUGGAUAUGAAGUAACUCUUCACAGACAAUGCUGCUUUAGUAUAAAGCAAUUUAAUUGAAGAAGGUGGCCGUUCUUACUUCAGGGAUGCAAAGACGGGUCUUAUGCUGUUUGAAUAAAUGUGGUGGUAUCCCUGUCUUCUUCCGCUGAUGAUAGCUUCAUCUCUCUCCAGGCUGAGUUGGGCUGUCUGGCAGCCCAGUGAACCUAUGUACUAAUGGCAGGUUAGAAGUAAAUGGAAAUGGACAUACCUGAUGCAGUUGAAAUGUGUGUUUUAAUCUUUUGCAGAAGCAUUUCACUUGAAUAUUUAAAAGCUAAUGAGGUUGUUUCUAAACCUCUUGUGGGUUUAUGAUGUUUGUUUUCAUUUAUUAGGACUGAAUUCUUUAUGGCUAAGGUUGUCUGCCAUUGUAGAUUUAGAAGGGAUCCAAAGUGGUUUUGGCAAGUUUGUCAUUUUGUUCCCUUUCGACUGUUCUACCUACACAAUGGAUAUUUUACAACUACAAACAAUGUAAAAAUCCGGUAGUUGUUAAAAAAGGCCAUUUCAUCACUAACGGGAUUCAGGUUCUCGAGCCUCUUUUCAAAAACUUAUUGUCACCAUUUUUAUUCCUGUUAGAAUAAAAGAAGUGACAAAAUGGAGUCACUGUUGAUUAUAAGUUCAGGACAGCUGUGAUUGAAAUAUGAUUACUCUUUAGAGUAUUUCAGGGAAAAGUUUUACUUUUCUAAGUUGAUAAAAGGCUUAAUUGGUUAUGAUGUCUAUAGUUAAUAUAACAAAUAGGGAUGAUGGUAUAUUUUUUUAAUAUCGUUUUGUUGCUGUAAAGUUUUAGGCCAUUGUAAAUUAAUUAUACAGUAGAACUUGUGUCGCAACAAGGAUUAUAACCCAGACUUUAAAAGUGCUUGAUCCUCCAUAUUCAAUUUCAUCAAGCCCUGUAUAUUUCUGUUUACAUGUAAUCCUAUCCUUGGUGGUUAAUGGCAAAUUGAAAUCCAACGAAAAGACAGACUCUGGUACCAUGGUAACAGAGAGAGCCACUUUAAUUAGAUCAAAAUUCUGCAUUGUGAUUAACUUCUUGGAAUUGACUUCUCUAUUAGAUAAUACUGUUAAGGCAUCGUUUUGGUUUCAGACUUCAAAAUUCAUUAAUAAAUUAAGUUUUAAGUUUUUAUUCACUGGAAUCAAAAUGACAAUUGGUACUGUGUUUACUUUUAAAAAUGAAGUAUUAUAGCAGUGUAGAAAGCACUGCUUCCUGCCCCUCAUUUUCUUUAUUUAGAAAUUAUGUUUAUAAUUUUUUCCUGCCUGCUUUAAAGAAAAGCAUUUUAAUUUGUAAGUUACUGAUUUUAUUAAUAUUAAAAAGGCUAUGAUGUUAAAAGGCAAAUCUACUGAAAUUCGAUGAGAUUGUUCAGUAAAAUUUUACUGUCAAAAGGCA